AUGGCUUCUCAACAUACUCCCUCCAAGACGCCCUCGCGACGCGUGCUUGGUGAUCUCACCUCCAAAGCCAUCAAUACACCCUCUACCCCAAAGGCCUACGAUCCAGCUGAAGCCGCUCGCGCCCAAAGCCCACUAAAGCAAGUCACGACGCACACUCCAACGAACCCUAUCGGCAAGGAAAACCUCAUGACUCCCCAGACGAAUUCAAAUAGCAAGAAGAGGGGCAUCGAAGAAGUUGAAGGUGUUGAAUCUCUCGAGAGCGUAAAGAUGCUUGCUCGUGCCUGCGACGAGAGUCUUUCCAGCACCGGCACGCGCCUAACCACCGACGCUGUCCAGAAAUAUACGGUAGAUGAUACAUCGUGCCCUGCACCUUCUCACGCCACUAACAACUGCAAGGAGAACAAUCCCAUCGGCCUCGCGGACCCCGGAUCACCCACCGAACGCGCCACACCAACACCAUCGCCCGAACCAGAGCCAAUGCAAGCUUCUCAGAAGAGCAACCAGUCAUUUUCUGACCUUCUCAACUAUGAUUUGUGCGCCAGUCAGAAGAGUGAACACGGAGAACGUGUAGCGAUGCCGGCCGCUGCCCCCGCGCCGGCAGUCACAGAAGGAAAGAGGAGGUCGCGUGCCGAACAAUUGCGAACACGCCUCAAGUUUGGCUUGUACAAGAUCAAGACGAACCAGGUCACUAAGCGCGACGCGGAUAUCAUCGGGCCUUACGAAGCCCGUGCCUCUUACCCGUCAGACGCGCUCAACGCGUCGAGAUCAACAGCCAUGACGUCUUCCGGCGAGUCUUUGGGCGCUUACCGCGUACCAAACAUCACUGUAUCAUCCCCGCGACGCGAUCAAGGACCUGUUUUUGUGCAAGCAAAUCUGGAUCCCUUCCGUCCUAUAAGUAAACUUGGUCCUGCACCAGUUCAGUUCGCAAUCCCACAAGGCAAUAUGCCAGCAUCAUCACGUAUGGUACCCGGAUACGUCCUUUCCUCCUCACCGCCCGGGCCUCAGCUGCCCAAUUCUGUAGCUCCUGAUCAGCUCUCCUCACCCAUCCGAGCUAGGAAUUACUACGAGCCGCCCUCUGAGUCCAGGAUACAAAUAGGUGAACACGACGCGGAUCGCAUCAACCUGCGGGAAGAAGACCCGCAUUAUAGACUCCAAAGACUCAAGCAACAACAGUAUAGCUUGGCUCGCAGUGUCGGCGGUGUAAAGGGUGAUGCGGCGGAAGGCCUGCUGCAGCUUAUGCAAGACUCGCGGUAG